CCCCCUUUUUUUAUUUUAUCAUCAUGAACCAAAAAAGGGGAAGAAGUAAAAAAAAACCAAAAAAAGACUCCCCAAAAUGCACAUAUACAACUUAUGAAUAUCUUAUGAAUAUUUAAACUAAUUUUUCAUUGGCAUUAGGGAUGGCAGAAAAAGUUGUCUCAGCAACAGCUGGCUAACUUCCCGUGGGACCCCAAGCCUGAUCCUCCUGCCCCUGCUGCAGCUGCUGCCGCUGCACCACAACUUGCUCCGGUUCCCGAGCCUAUCCCCCAGCAGCCGACAUCAAAUGCAUACGGCCAGCAGCAUAUGCCGCAGGCUCAAGGUCUUACCAUGCCGAUGUCCAUUGGUCAGCCUUCUAACGAUUCUAUGAUCAAGCAUGAGCCAGGUGUUAAGACCGAACCUGGCCUUGAGAAUGCGUCGAUGAUCCCUCAAGCCCCUCAGCAGGGCGCCCAUGGUGUUGUUCAAGAGCGUGUGUCUCAGCAACUACAAUCUAUGUAUGGCGACCGUGCAGCGGCAUCUAUCAACAAGCUUAGAGAAUCCCACUUGAACGGUACGCAGCCGCCAAACCAGCAGAGGCCCGGCAAUCAACCUAUGCCUCCCAACUACGCCGGGCAGUACCAGGGCCAACCUCAGCAGCAAUACCGACAAGGAAUGCCGCCCAAUGCCACCGGACAGCAGCAGCAGCGCCCCCCCGUGCAAAAUGGUCAGAGACCCGCUCAAUCUCAGAUGGAUGGCGCAGAUGAUGCCGAGACUCAUCUUGGCGUGCUUCUUCGUCGCAGUCCAACCGGAGCCAAUGUGGAGAUGGGAAGAGUCGAGAUCGACAACUUGCUCCAUGCUCAGAUCGCAGCUAAGGCGAAGGCAAUGGAAGGCGGUGGCCUGAUGGUACCACUCAAGCGUACGGGCAAGAAACAACCCGUUUUACUUCAACCCACACCGGCAUCCGCCGGCAUCUCCCAAUUCGAUGGCCCGGGCGAUAGUAUCAAGGAGGACGAGGAGGAGGAUGUGGAUGCCAUCAACUCGGAUCUCGAUGACCCUGAUGAUAACCUCGAAGAAGAUGACGAGGAUGAGGACGGUGGUCAGAUCAUGCUUUGCAUGUAUGACAAGGUGCAACGCGUCAAGAACAAGUGGAAGUGCGUCCUAAAGGACGGUGUACUUAGCGUCAAUGGCAAGGACUACGUCUUCCACAGAGCUACCGGCGAGUAUGAAUGGUAGUGAUGAAGCAGGUUUAUACCCUUGCACACGACCCAGACACACGUUUUACCUUGUACAAGACAUUCCCCAUCUCAUAUUUUGCGGCGUUUCUCUCACGGAUAAUUGGUACCAUUGUGUUCCCCUUUCUCUGCCUCGCCGGUAUCAUUGUCGCCUGGGUCAAGCACCACAUCAUGGUGGGCGGACAGGGGGUGAAAAGAGCAAAGCUUUCCUUCGGAUUUGAUCUAAACCUAGAUCAGGCCUACUGAGGACAUCCUACAACUCACUCCGGCUAGGGAAGUUGGCCAACUCACAUUUGAUUAAGUUCUCUGCAGUUUUCAUUGUUCCGUCUUGCACUUCUGCGUUUGAGGGUGAAUCAGAUAUUGCGUUUCAGCCCCCCAAAAAAGCCCCCAGAACAGGAUGAGGUAUCGAUCAGGAGAGAGGUAAAAUAGAAAGAAAGAAGAACAAGAAAGAAGAAAGGACACAAAAUAAAUACAAGACUGCCAGGCAGCAUGGAGAAGAUUCCAUGACAGAUGUACGAAUAGCAGAUCCUUCUCUAAUUAUGAUGCAUUCUUGUUUCCUUACAAUGUGGCUUGUGACUCUCAUGUCGAAUUAGGCAUGUUGUAGGCGAUGAAAAAGGGGUAAUGGAGGAGUAAUUCCUGUGACAACAUACUUAUACAGGCUCAAAAUAAUAUAUCCUCAUGGUAUCGGGUGUUCACCUCGUUAGGAUGGACCAGGUACUAGGUAGGUAUAUGUGAG